GCCUGAUUGCCUGCUUGCAUGCUCCGCCUUUUAAACGUGUCACUGCUUCGCUGUGAGAUUAGGCUGACUAAACUCCUUUCACCUAAAACAAACACGUUACAAUGUCCAAAACGCUGCAGCUAAAGGCGAUGAAAAGUAUCCAAAAUUUCCCAAAACAUUCCAAUACGGAACUGCCGGCUUCCGAGAGAAAGCUGAAGAACUGCCUCACAUUUUGUACCGGAUGGGACUUCUGGCAGCCCUGAGGUCAGCUGUCAAGAAAGCGGCGAUCGGGGUGAUGGUGACCGCUUCCCACAACCCUGUCCAGGACAACGGAGUCAAGCUGUGCGACCCGCAAGGCGAAAUGCUGGAGCCAGCCUGGGAGAAAAUUGGAACUGAAUUGGCCAAUACAGACGACGUUGCUUCUUAUUUGAAGAAGAUCAUCGAGGACUUUGGUCUUGACAGCUCAAACGAAAAGCCCUUCGUGUUUGUCGGCCAAGACACGAGGCCCAGCAGCGACUUUCUGGCCAAGGCUGCCAUCGAGGGCGCUGAGAAUCUGGGCGCCCUUGUCCGAGACAUUGGAAUCGUCUCCACGCCGAUUUUGCAUUUUGUUGUGGCCAGCAGGAAUGCAUCAGGAGAGCUCGGUCUGCCUACAGAAGGUGGCUACUUCAACAGAAUCAGCAGCGCCUUUGUGCAACUGAAGGAAAAGGAAGGACUUGGAAGGGAAAACAGAAAUUACAAGCCAGAGUUUGACUUUGAUGGGGCCAACGGGGUGGGCGCCGACAAGAUGGCCCAGUUCGCCAAAAUGCUAACCGAGUGGAUCGACGUGACGCACUUCAACACAGGCGAAGGCCAGCUGAACUUCAACUGCGGCGCCGAUUUCGUCAAGGUGCAGCAAGCCAAGCCGGAGGGGGUGCCCCUGACGGUCAACCGCAGGGGAGUGUCCGUUGAUGGCGACGCCGACCGCAUAAUUUACUUUUACACGGACAGCGACAACAAGUUCCACCUGCUGGACGGAGACAAAAUCGCCACUCUGGUCGCCGGUCACCUGAUGGAACUCGUCUCGGCCUCAGGUUUGGACAUCCACCUCGGUCUGGUGCAGACGGCCUACGCCAACGGCAGCUCCACCGAGUACAUCUCGCAAACCCUGAAGGUACCAGUCGCCUGUGUGCCAACUGGGGUCAAGCAUUUGCACCACAAGGCCCAGGAAUUCGACGUCGGCGUCUACUUCGAGGCCAACGGCCACGGCACGGUGAUCUUCAGCAAAAAGGCGACCAACCUCGUCAGGGCGGCCCUGGAAAACCCUGAACUGACGCAGGCGCAGCGUGAGGCGGCCAAGAAGCUGAGCCUCUUCGGCGAGCUGAUCAACCAGACGGUCGGGGACGCCCUGAGCGACCUUCUGCUCGUCGAGACCAUUCUGCACAGCAAGGGUUGGAGCGUGGCUGACUGGGACAACGCGUACACCGACCUCCCCAGCAGGCAGCUGAAGGUCACGGUCAAGGACAGGAACGUCGUGAGCACGACCGAUGCGGAGAGGAAGUGCGUGACACCCGCAGGACUGCAGGACCGCAUCGACGCGAUCGUUGCCAAUUUCCCCAAGGGCAGGUCCUUCGUCAGGCCCUCAGGGACCGAGGACGUGGUCAGGGUCUAUGCCGAGGCUGAGAGCAGGGAGCUAGCGGAUGAGCUGGCAAAGGAAGUGGCCAGAGCGGUGCACGACCUCGCUAACGGAACUGGCCCUGCGCCAUAAAAGAUCGAGGAAAUGAUGUUUUAACCUAAAUUUUGGUCACUAUUUAUUUUUCGCACAAACAUUGGGCCUUUGGUUCCUUUCCCAUAUGUUAUAAGUUCUAAUCUCAUGUCAUAAGAUGGGCAGCGAAUCUAAAUUUGGUUAUAAAUAGAUAACUGCAAUAAAACAGAAAAAUGGUUCGAUUUAUGCUGUAGGCUUCUGUUUGUGAUAAAUUUAAGGUGGAUCUGUACUUUUAACUGUAUAAAUCAUUGUUAUCUUUGUCUAAAAUGUUCUAUACAAUUCAGGUAAGAGCCAAGAGAUUGCCGUUUUAGUUUCUGAGAAAAUCAGCUUUAUAAUCAAAAGCUGCAAGAACUGUCUUCGUUUUGUAAAAUAUGAUUAGAAAUUUACUUAUGCUCAUAAUUUGCUCGCUUUUGUAUUGAGCACAAGAAGAAUCUUAUCCUAUCAAAAUAUCACUGACUAAACAUUCCAUUUUACCAGAAAUUAGGCAAUUUUUUUAUUUUUAAAUAUUGAAGUUUAGAGAAUUGUUAGUUAAUUUAAAAAAAAUUACAUGGCCUGCCUGUUAGAGCUAAAAAUUCAAAAUGUGGUCCACUGUUGCCCUGUAAAGAUCCACUUAAAAGCAAGACUUAUUUGUUUCCUUAAUAAUUUUUUAACUAUGUCAAAAAUUUACAAUUGAGUCGUAUCUAGUAACUGUCAAAAUAAUAUUUGGAGGUGAGAAAUAAAAGUAUUAUUUUUAUGCAAA